AUGACCGACAGCAAUACCUCCCACACUGACCUGGACGGCGCUGAGUCGCUGUUGAGCGCGGUGGGGGCCUCUACUCACCAUCACCAUCACGACCCGGAGCACCAGCACCAGGAGCACCAGGAGCACCAGGAGCACCAGCAGCACCGGGAGGCCAAUCAGCAUGCUGAGAGCGACGACCACCGUCUGCCCUCGUCGGGCCUGCACGUGGUUCCGGCUCCGGACCUCACCCUGGGGCUGCACCAGCUGGCUGCCGCUCUGUCUACUGACCUGGGCGCGCCUCAGCGCAAUCUGGACGCACUCGGUGAUGCUGGACAAGAGAUACAGCACGAUCCCGAAACACCCGCCGCCCAAACGCCGGAGCCCCGCGCAGCCGACCUUCGGCUGGCGAGCACGUACCUCCCAGUGCCCGUCAGUGUUGAUCGCGUGGUGGUCAGUGAUGGCGGUGCUGCAGGUGAUGUCCCAGAGGCGACGCUGCCGGUGGUGUCCGACUCCGCGCUCACCCACCCUGACUCGGUGAGUCUCGAGGUCGGUCAUGACGGCGGCACGGACUUGCGCAUUCCGAUCCCGUGCCGGUCGCCCCCCGCCUGCCGCCGACAGUACGGCAGCAGCGCCAGGGACUUCGACGUGCUCGGCUUCCUGCCGGCCUGCCCGCGCGGCCAGCGCCGCUGCCUCGACCACGUACUCAUGGUGUACUCGCGCUUCGCUGAUGACGAGGAGGUGCUGACUGGCGGCUCGAACGCCUUCGUGAACAGCGGAUCCGUGACCGACGUCGAGCGGACACCGGCGACGGGCGAGCGCUUCCCCGCGGAGACUGGCACUGUCACGGCGUCAGGCGGCUUCAGCGGGGCGUUCCGCGUCUGCAGCCAGCAUGUGAAGGACGGCGUCAGAGCCGCGGAGAGUGUCAACUACGGACCGCCACCGCCACCCAUACUGAAAUAUGGACCACCGCCAACACCCAAACCGAAGUAUGGACCACCACCAACACCCAAACUGAAAUACGGACCACCACCAACACCCAAACUGAAAUAUGCACCACCACCAACACCUAAACUGAAGUAUGGACCACCACCAACACCCAAACUGAAAUAUGGGGCACCACCAACACCCAAACUGAAAUACGGACCACCACCAACACCCAAUCUGAAAUAUGCACCACCACCAACACCUAAACUGACGUAUGGACCACCACCAACACCCAAACUGAAAUAUGGAGCACCGCCAACACCCAAACUGAAAUACGGACCACCACCAACACCCAAACUAAAAUACGGACCACCACCAACACCUAAACUGAAGUAUGGACCACCACCAACACCCAAACUGAAAUAUGGAGCACCGCCAACACCCAAACUGAAAUAUGGAUCACCACCAACACCCAAACUAAAAUACGGACCACCACCAACACCUAAACUGAAGUAUGGACCACCACCAACACCCAAACUGAAAUAUGAAGCACCGCCAACACCCAAACUGAAAUACGGACCACCACCAACACCCAAACUGAAAUAUGGACCACCACCAACACCUAAACUGAAGUAUGGACCACCACCAACACCCAAACUAAAAUACGGACCACCACCAACCCCCAAACUGAAAUAUGGACCACCACCUACACCUAAACCGAAGUAUGGACCACCACCAACACCCAAACUGAAAUAUGGUCCACCGCCAACACCAAAACUGAAAUAUGGUCCGCCACCGACACCGACACUGAAAUACGGACCGCCAACAACACCCAGACUGAAAUAUGGAGCACCACCAACACCGACAGUGAAAUAUGGACCACCACCAACACCGACACUGAAAUAUGGACCGCCACCAACACCGACACUGAAAUAUGGACCACCGGCACCUCUCACAAUCGAUUAUAAGCCGCCACCUCGAAGGCCUGAGCCAGCGCAUCGGCCUCCUCUAAUACCGAAAGUCCCACCCAGGCCAAAGUAUGGCCCGCCGUCUCCUCCACGCCCCAACCUGAGCAAACCUGCACCGCAGCUUGAUGGGCCUCCCAAAACGCAUCUGCCACGUCCCGUUCCGGGGAUAGCUGAACGGCCGCAUCGCCCUGAGUCCCCGGGUUUCAAGCCUAGAUACCCAGCGCCCAGACCUGGAUCCCAUUAUGGAGCCCCUCCCACCGUAAAGGUGGCGAGACCCGGGUACCCAGCGCCCAGACCUGGAUCCCAUUAUGGGGCACCUCCCACCGUAAAGGUGGCGAGACCCGGGUACCCAGCGCCCAGACCUGGAUCCCAUUAUGGGGCACCUCCCACCGUAAAGGUGACGAGACCCGGGUACCCAGCGCCCAGACCUGGAUCCCAUUAUGGGGCACCUCCCACCGUAAAGGUGGCGAGACCCGGGUACCCAGCGCCCAGACCUGGAUCCCAUUAUGGGGCACCUCCCACCGUAAAGGUGACGAGACCCGGGUACCCAGCGCCCAGACCUGGAUCCCAUUAUGGGGCACCUCCCACCGUAAAGGUGGCGAGACCCGGGUACCCAGCGCCCAGACCUGGAUCUCAUUACGGUUAACCAACCACGAGGAGGUCAUGGCCGGGUUGCACCCUCCAGCCAUAGCCCACCAUUAUGGGAAACUGAUGGCCAACGACCUGUGCGCAUUUGAUGUUCCGACGUGUUCGGGCAAUGCUGUGCCAGUGGUCGCUGGUCUGUACCGGUGACCAACAGGUCUGGACCUGGUCCGUCAGCCGCUCCUGUGGUCUUGACCUGGUCUCCGUCAGAGCAGGCCGUGUUGGUCACGUCGGGUCUCUCACGGACGGGGUUGCCGUGCCUCCAAGGACGGGGUUGUUCGUGUCUCCACAAUGCCCGUACGGCAUGCUUUUGAACGGCUUGUCCUCUGUUUUGACGGCGAGGUUGUGGAUGCUGAGUGUUCUAAACCGAGACGAGAUGCAUUUUGGAGGAUUUCAAUAAUCAUUUCCGUCUACGCACGGCAUGUGUGCCGAACUUAAUACUCGUGGAUUUUGCCCUUAAGCAUUCUGUAUUGUGCUGAUUAUGUACAUUACUACGCAGCCUUGUGAUUAUGGAUCGUCCGGUAAGUACACGAUUCGUGUUUGCGAGUGCAAAACGGAUUUUCACACAAUAACCGUAGCCCUAAUAAUUUAUCUUGGAACACUGUACUUCACCGUACUAUGCUGUAUAUUUCGCUGUACUAAAUACGCAUUAUCAU